AGCAUACGAUCGAUUCGAAAAUGGGACAGCCCGGUUUCCGUCGUGCCAUUGGGCACGUUUCGUUGGUGGUGGCACUGAUGUGCACCACCUGUUUCCAAGUGGAAGGACUACCCCAUCCGCCGGCCACGUCGCCGUCACCAAUGAUGGAAAGAAUGGUGGAGCAGGCCUACGACGAUAAGUUCGACAACGUCGAUCUGGACGAGAUCCUUAACCAAGAGCGACUGUUGAUCAACUACAUAAAGUGCCUGGAGGGCACAGGUCCUUGCACUCCCGAUGCCAAGAUGUUGAAGGAGAUCCUGCCCGACGCCAUCCAAACCGAUUGCACCAAGUGCACGGAGAAGCAGCGGUAUGGUGCUGAAAAGGUGACCCGUCAUCUCAUCGACAACCGACCCACCGACUGGGAGCGUCUGGAAAAGAUCUACGAUCCCGAGGGAACCUACCGCAUCAAAUACCAGGAGAUGAAGUCCAAGGCCAAUGAGGAGCCAUAAUCAAUCUCUAUUUUACGUCGUUUUUAACUUAAGUGAUUUUAUGUUGCUUUAAUUAACGAAUAAACUGCAGAGAAGCUUC